CGGGGCCGGGCCGGCGGGGGCCGGAGGAGCCGAGGGGAGGCGAGGAGAGGAGAGGUCCGGCUGCGGCCCCUGCCCCUGCCCCGGCCCCGGCCGCGGCCGCCGCCGCCAUGAUCCACAGCCUGUUCCUGAUCAACGCGUCGGGGGACAUCUUCCUGGAAAAGCACUGGAAGAGCGCCGUCAGCCGCUCCGUCUGCGACUACUUCUUCGAGGCGCAGGAGAGGGCCUCGGAGGCGGAGAACGUGCCGCCGGUGAUCCCCACGCCGCACCACUGCCUGCUCAGCGUCUACCGCCACAAGAUCUUCUUCGUGGCCGUCAUCCAGAGCGAGGUGCCGCCCCUCUUCGUCAUCGAGUUCCUGCACCGCGUCGUCGACACCUUCCAGGAUUACUUUGGUGUCUGUUCAGAGGUGAUGAUCAAGGACAAUGUUGUAGUGGUUUAUGAGGUGCUGGAAGAGAUGCUGGACAAUGGCUUUCCAUUGGCAACAGAAUCCAAUAUUCUCAAGGAGCUGAUAAAACCUCCAACAAUCCUGCGAACAGUUGUCAACACCAUCACAGGAAGCACUAAUGUGGGUGACCAGCUUCCUACUGGACAGCUAUCAGUGGUGCCUUGGAGACGUACUGGUGUAAAAUAUACCAACAAUGAGGCAUACUUUGAUGUGAUUGAGGAAAUAGAUGCAAUCAUUGACAAAUCAGGUUCCACAAUUACUGCUGAAAUCCAAGGGGUGAUUGAUGCUUGUGUCAAGCUGACUGGGAUGCCAGACCUUACCCUGUCCUUUAUGAACCCUCGGUUGUUGGAUGAUGUCAGCUUUCAUCCAUGUGUACGGUUUAAGCGCUGGGAGUCAGAGAGAAUACUCUCCUUUAUUCCUCCUGAUGGAAAUUUUCGCUUGCUGUCUUACCAUGUCAGUGCUCAGAAUCUUGUGGCAAUUCCUGUCUAUGUUAAACACAACAUCAGUUUCCGUGAUAGCGGCUCACUGGGACGCUUUGAAAUCACAGUGGGGCCAAAGCAGACUAUGGGGAAGACUAUAGAGGGAGUGAUGGUCACUAGCCAGAUGCCAAAAGGUGUCUUAAAUAUGAGCCUCACACCCUCACAAGGAGCACACAUCUUUGACCCAGUUACAAAGUUGCUCUCAUGGGAUGUGGGGAAAAUAAACCCCCAGAAGCUGCCAAGUCUGAAGGGAAGCAUGAACCUGCAAGCUGGGACAUCAAAACCCGAUGAAAACCCCACUAUUAACCUGCAGUUUAAAAUUCAGCAGCUGGCUAUAUCUGGACUGAAGGUGAAUCGCUUGGACAUGUAUGGGGAGAAGUACAAGCCCUUCAAGGGGAUAAAAUACAUGACUAAGGCUGGAAAGUUCCAAGUCCGAACUUAAAGCAUCAUGAUAGUGAGGAAAAGCACUUUCCUGUUUCUCCUAUCCCUAGCUGUUGGAUAUAGCAUCUCCCCAAUCUGUUUAGGGUUGCUCCCUUGCCUUUAGCCUGAUCAGGAUAACCAGCACUUAGUGUGCUGGGGAGAAGGGAAAAGUAAGGUUGACCUGAAGCCAUCUCAUCCCUAAAUAAGCCUGAAGUAUUAGCAGCAAUGGCAGAUGGGAGAGGAGUUCAGGUCACUUGGGACUAGUGAGUCAGAUAUAAGUUUGUACCACCUUCAUCUUACUGUCUUAAAGGAAAUUCUAGGGAUUUAUUCCCUUUUGUACAUCCUGUUCCUUAUGUUUUGGCUGGCUUUUAUCCCUUUUGUAGCUGAUAUGAAGUUGAAUUUCCACAACGUUCUAUUGCACUGUGAUGGUCUGGCAUCUGCCCUUCCCCAUCACUGGAUGUUUGGUUGGAGAGCUGUAGUUCUUGGCAGCAGAUAUUAGCUGGCCAUUCUGCCUUGAUGAGACUGAAAGAAGUGAAAAGGUAGACUGUCCCAGCCAGGAUGGGAUUUUAAGAAGCCUGAGAUUGGGGGUGGUGCCACAGAGGGAGGAAGCAGGAAAAAAUGAACACUUUUCCUUGAUAUUUUGUAAUCUAUCAUGGUCGUUAAGUUUCUUGAAUCUUUGGGGAGUAACUGGAAACCCAUCCAAAUUUUAGUAUGGAAUCCUCUGAAGAGCCACCUGUAGCACUUCUUAUCUUAUAACUGACGGAUGGCGACAUCUGAAUGUAAUUCUGCUUCUGUUCUUAUUUCCUCAAUAUUUGGAGGUAGUGUUUCUCCUGGCUUCUUUGGGGAGUCAGGGAGGAGGCAGAGGCAGGACAAGAAUUUGCUUGGAGACAUAGCACUCUGAUGGAAACUCUUUGAAACUGAAGCUGCAAAUAAAUGAAGACAAUUGCUAUCCCAGUAACUUGUUGGAACCUAUUUUUCUUUCUGCCUAACAUACCUAAAGUAACCAAAAAAAAAAAAACCUGCCUAAAAUAACAUUUUUAUUUGCAAAUGAAGGUGAUACCAAUGUUCUCCUGCUUGCUUAUGACUUUAUUUGAAAUAAUUAUGUCCUGGUACCUUUGUGAUGUUUCUGGCUGUACCACAUUCCAAUUCCUGUCUCAAUUAGCUGCUGUGCAGGUGGAUUCAAGCCUGUGUUGGAUUUCUCACUGGGACCAUCCCUUCUGCAGGAGCUGUUGCUGCAUAAGCCCAUCCCAGUCUGUGCUGCAUCUCUCUCUGUAUAGCAUACAUAAAUAUAAAAUGAGGCAUAUGCACUGUUCCAUAUUGUUUGUAAUGUGUUCUUUGGCCACUAGAUGCCAAUGUGUUAAUUUCUCUGGUAUCAGAACUUGUUACAUGUACAGUAGCUUAUGGACUACAGCAUUUGUCAGGUGGCUGUGAAGUCCAGCAUGUGUGUAGUUCAUGCUUGUGAACGGAACAAGGUGGCCCUAAACGAAGGCUAACACAAAUUCUGUUUUGCCUGUGAUGGGAUACUUGCAGUAGAUGAGUGACAUCUUGAUUUUGGAAUUGCAAUUUUCAGUUCAACUGGUGAAUGCCACAGCAGGUGGCCUUAGUGCUGAACAUAUUCAGUGCAAAUAUAAGCUUCAACAAGGGCAUCAAUAAAAUUAAUUUUCACCUGUCA